UGUAGGUAUUUCUCUACAUAAUUGUUACGGUAAUAUGAAUUAAUAUGUUAUUAAUUUGUUUUUAAGUUUGUGGAAGCAAGCAAUGACUGGUAGAUCUAGUAGGUGAAAAAUUUAUUCAUCGGGCAAACUUCCCAGCAGCUGGCCACAUUCUCGCUGUCUCCGAUUCAGCAAGCAUGUGGGUGCCCAACCUGCCGGUGACGAUCAUCAGCGCCGUGGCGGCCAGCGCGGGCGCAGCUUGCAUUUACAAAGACUUCCACGGCGGCCCGCCCUACGACCGCGACGUGCGAGCUGACGGGAAGACGGUGGUGAUAACUGGCGCCAACUCCGGCAUCGGGAAAGAAGCGGCCUGGGAGUUCGCCAAUAGGGGCGCCAAGGUGUUCAUGGCAUGUCGUGACAUGGAGAAGUGCGAAGCGGCGCGUCGCGAGAUCGUGACGGAGACCAGGAAUAAAUACGUGUACUGCCGGCCCUGCGACCUGGCCAGCACCGCUUCCAUCCGCCAGUUUGUGGAGAGGUUCAAAUCGGAGGAGCCACACAUCCACGUGUUAGUGAACAACGCGGGCGUGAUGGAGCCUCCAACACGCGUGACCCGCGACGGCUUCGAGACGCAGUUAGGAGUCAACCACAUGGGGCACUUCUUGCUGACUAAUCUGCUAUUGGAUACACUCAAGGCGUCAGUCCCGAGCCGCGUGGUGGUGGUAUCAUCAAGCGCGCACUACAAUGGCCACAUUCUCAAAGAGGAUCUCAAUAUGACGCGCAACUACGACGCGCGCGCGGCUUACGCGCAGAGCAAGCUCGCGAAUGUUCUGUUCGCGAGGGAACUUGCCAAGAACACGCUCGACGCGGGCAUAUCCGUCAUAGCCGUGGACCCGGGCCUGACGGACACGGCGCUGACACGCCACCUGCCCAUGACCAGGAGCCUGACGCGCUACCUGGUGUACCCGGUGUUCUGGCCCGUCAUGAAGACGCCCAAGAUCGGUGCACAGGUCAUCCUGCACGCUGCACUGGAUCCAAAGCUGAGGAGAUGCGCAGGAGACUACUAUGUAGACAUGAAGCCAGUGGAGCCUUCGAAGGAGGCGCAGGACUUCGAGUUAUCUCUCUGGCUGUGGCGCGUCAGCGAGAAGUGGACGCGCCUGCGCAAGCAGCCUGCGCAACCCGCCGCCGCGUGAGCUUGAUCUUGAGACUCGACUUAUCUUGUGAGAUCCACGAUUUUUCUUUUUCUUUUUUUAUGGCUUUGGUAACCUCGAUUUUGCCAAUGUCAGAAGUGCUCAAAAUGUUAACAUUGGCACACAAUAACUCAGCAUUAGACUUUCACAGCUACACGACUGAAAGAUAACUUCUAUUAAUUAAAAAUAACUUUGGUACAUUAUUUGGUAUAGAUAGAUGAACUGAUGAACUACACUGAAUACCACCCGUGACAUUGACAGGAAGGCGCCACAUUUACUGCCGGGUCCGGGUUACUAUUUUCUAUCUUUGCUAUUUGACGUUUAAAAAUCGUUCGUCUUUAGUUAAUUUUCUCACAUGCUCAAAAUUUUUUUACAUGCAUGAUGUAAGAUUAUGUAGAAUAACUGUCAGCCUCUUCAUAAUAACUUUUUUGUAGAUCACUGUUUUAAGUGAUCUUAGAUCAACGUGGUAUCUUCGUCGGAUCAACGAAGUAAAAAUUAUCGAGUCUCAGGUUAAAACUAUUAGAUUAUUUAAAUUAAAUGCGACUGUCUGAUGGAGCAAGUGGUGUUGAACAAAGUUGGUUUCGUUCUAGAUAUAAGCAUUUGUGUGCAUUUAUUUAGUUGUUGUUAGUUAUUUAAUAAAAAAUAAAACAAAAAUUUAUUAAUAAUAUAAAAUUUAUUUUCAUGUAAAUUCUUAUCCUAACUUACUCUAAUAACUUAAAAACUAUAUUCACAAAUAGUGUCAUUUUCCGUCACGUGACUUGCUUAAGAAAUUUUUUCUUCAAGUCAAUGCGUAUGACCACGAUUUUUGAGGAUUUUGUCAGUCUAAAGCCGCAUUAAGCAUAAUUUCUCUCACGUCAUCAUAAUACUAUAAACCUAAAACCUUUACAAACUUUACAAUGAAGCCUUUUGAAUAAAAAAGCAUAGUUCGUAAAGAAAAACAAAAUAUACAAUAGUCUGUCGCCAGGCCACGCCCACUUUUACACAUUCUACUCUCUUCUGGUUAUAGCAGCACUAUUACAAUUAAUACAUAAUAUCUGUGUUUUACCAUCGAAAGGUGGUACUCCACCCAAUGAAAGUUUACAGCACCAAUAAAUCGAAGCUUCUAUCACCCUUU